CUAGGGUUCGAUAUCUCCUGUUGCACCGGCGGAGCGACGGCGUCUACGCGAUAUCUUGGUGAUUGAUUGAUCGCCGCGGCGGAAGAGUGCAGCAAACAUGUACGGGUCACGAGGGGCAAUGUUGGGAAGCGGGGGGUUUUCAGGCGGGUACGAUGGGACAAAGAGGCCGAGAAUGAUGGAGUCAAAUCCCUACUUCGCAGUGAACAGCAGCUUCGGCGGAGCGGAUGGAUACGAGGUUGGCUCGAAGAGGUUGCGGAUCGUGGAACCAUCCCCUUUCGUGCCGAUGGGAGGCAUCGGAAGCUCCUACCAACCCCACGACAGCAGUUUCAGCAGAGGGUUUAGCAGCAUUCCCCCCUUCCCUGUGGUCCGACUGAGAGGCCUUCCUUUCAACUGCACUGACUUGGAUAUCAUCAAAUUCUUCAUGGGUCUAGAUAUCGUGGAUUGCCUGCUGGUUAACAAGAAUGGGCGUUUCACAGGAGAUGCUUUUGUCGUCUUUCCAUCGCCCAUGCAGGCUGACUUUGCCUUGCGGAAGGAUAGGCAUAAUAUGGGCCACAGGUACAUUGAAGUUUUCCCGUGCAGCAAACAAGACUACUACCGGGCAGUGGCUGCAGAGGUUAACAGCGGUGGCUGGUCCUUAGAUGAUGAUUACUACAAAGAUGCACCGCCUGUUCAUGCGAGAAAGUCAUACGAAGACAAGGAUAAGUUGGAGAACGAGGUCCUGAAGCUCCGAGGUCUCCCCUACUCUGUGACCAAGUCUGAUAUCAUCGACUUCUUUGGGGAAUUUGAGCUGAGUGAGGACAAAGUGCACAUUGGCUAUCGUUUGGAUGGGAAAGCCACUGGUGAGGCCUUUGUGUUGUUUCCGUCUGAGGAUGUGGCAAGGAAGGCUAUGUCUAAGGAUAAGAUGACAAUUGGCUCAAGGUAUGUGGAACUUUUCCCGUCAACACACGAGGAGGCGAGGAGGGCUGGAUUUAGAUCUAAAGAGUUGAAUCUAUAGUAAUGUGUUCUUUUAGGCCUGGUAUUUCCUAUUCACUUGAGUUCUGCACUUCUUAAGUUCUCAGGACUGGAGCUUUUAUGUUGAUUAUUCUGUGAUGACCUACAACCUUAAAUUAAUGCCAAACUGUUAUGUACAAAGUUUCUUGUUGGUCACUGAUGAAGCAAAGGCCUAGUGUAUGUCGAUCACUGCGUUUGUUUUCUUA